AAUCACCAGCGCCGUCAUAACACGCCGUGUGCAGUUACGAACUCACUCAGUCAAUCCGUACGAAAGCAAGUGAAACGUGCCAAGGUGCUCGGUAGCGAAGAUAAUCGCAAGUCGAAGCAGCGCAAAGCAGUGAUCCCGUGAUUUCAACAACUUCAAUCAAGCGAACCUUAAAAACAAAGGGCGUUCCCGUAUUAUUUGUGAAUAAAAAAGACAGACACAACUUUUCACAAUGCCACGCCGAGGUCGUACCGCUUCUCCACCACCAGCAGCUCGCAGAGCUCCCAUGGCAGCUGCCCCAGCUCCGGCACCGGCUCCAAUGAGACAGCCCGCCGUGCAGCAUGCCGCUCCGUCCGCCGUUGCCGCCCCACCGAUGGCCGCCCCAUCCCAGGGUCCCGGUCUGAUGGCGCAAAUGGCCGCCACGGCCGGUGGUGUUGCGAUCGGUUCCGCCGUGGGACACACCGUUGGUCACGCGCUGACCGGCAUGUUCUCCGGCUCGGACUCGAAGGAAGCGGCACCGGUGGGGGCUGCCCCACCGCAACAGUACGCACCCGCCCCAUCCCACCAGCCCGGCGAGACUGGACCGUGCGCCUGGGAGAUGAAACAGUUCCUAUCCUGCGCCCAGAACCAAUCGGACCUGACGCUCUGCGAGGGUUUCAAUGAGGCGCUGCGUCAGUGCAAAGUGCAGCACCACAUGUAAAUCUAGUUUGCUAGCUUGCCGGAAAAAAAAAGAAACAGCCAACCAGUCGAAAAUAUUGUCUAGCAAAAUAUGUGUGCGUGUGUGUUUUUGUUGUAACGAAUUCGGUUAUUACGAACGUGGGGUAAUUUAAUUUAAAAGUCCUUCAAAGUCGUGGUCCAAACGCUACGCUACUCUACCGUGCUCGGGGGCAUCUAAUGUGCGCGGGUUCCUGCGCCAUCCCUUGGUUUGGAACCCCCACCCGGGAACGGGUAGUGUAGAUGGAGCAGGUGUUCGCGAUACAUUUAGUUAACAUUUUAUUAUUUUCCCUGUACCCUUUGUUUUUUGUAUCGUUUACAUUGACGCUAGUAGUGCGUACAGUAAGAUGGUGUACCAGCGCCAGGAUUAGUCGAAAUAAAAGGUUUUGCGCCGGAAUUUAAUUUUUCGGCGCAAGUAAAACGCAA